CCCACCUUCGACUCGUGAAACGAAACGAAACACCACUGACGCCGUCAGCAACAACUUCCCUGAAUCCUCCAGCUAACGAGACAGCACGUGGAACACGAUCGCCAGAGCUGCAUCACUGUCCCGCCGCCCGCCUCCUCCGCAGCUUGUUGGCAGCAACGACCGACGCACCGAUACCCCGUUGGCAGCAACGACCGACCGACGCACCGGGCAGCAACGACCGACGCACCGACACCCCAUGCGCCAUGACCUCUAGCAACAAUCACGAAGAGCUGUUCCUCCAAUCCGACUCGCCCGCCAACGACUUUGAAACACCCAAGCCCCUGCAAAUCAAGAAGCAAGCAUCUCCAUCAAGCAUAGCCGCAGGCGCAGGCGCUUCCGAGCCACAGCAGCAAUGGGCGCAGUACCGCGUGCCCAUGAGUAGUGCCGCAUAUGGAGCGCCUACCUCACCGCCGCCCUCAGGCCCGCUGCCGCUGCCGUACCCCGACGAGCGCACACGACAACAGGCAACACCCGGAGCUGUGCCUAACAACCCGCCGAGCAGGACUGCCACGCCGCAAGAGUUAGCUUCAGCAGAGGAAGGCCGCGCAGGAAUCCAGCCGAAACGGCGCAAAGACAGCAUGUCGUCCCAGGGCAGUGGUGGGAUCGUCGGAAGGCCCAAAUUUGAUGCCAACGAUCCGAACAGACCGACAUUAGGUGGAUAUGGAGGGUCGCCACUAUCUUCGUCAAGAUUGGCUGAGCGGAGAGGAGCGCCUUCGAAGAGCAUCUUCCCUCCAGACUCGCCGGGAGGACCUGAGCCUCCCAUCAAGAGCGACGAGGACGAGGGCUUGUUCCAGGUGAAACCGCAGCGGAAGCUGAGCGCCCAGACAGAUGCCGAGUACUCGCAGCAGUUCUACCCUCCGCCCUUGGGAGCUGCCCCGCCUGCCACAAGUGCGGCGGCGGCACGAAUGCAUGUACCCGAUCCCGCUGGAAUCAACAGGCUUAGCAGUUCUGCUUCCACUUCCACGACCAGAGCCUCACGAGGAUCGCCUCCACCACCCGAGACACCGAUUGACGGCGCGGGAGCGGCAGCGGCAGCGCCUAGUGGUCUUACUGGUAUCGAGGCGCGAUAUGCCGCAAGUGGUAUUCCAGGUGCGAGCACUCUUAAUGAGAUGCAAGCGCAGAGUGCCGCAGCUGCUGCAAGACGAGCACAGUAUGCGCAACCACAGCCAAGACAAGGUACGUUGGGUGUGCCGCAGCAGACGCAACAGUCUAGCUCUGGCGGAAGGUGGAGUCCAACAGAGCCAACAGGUUCCGCGCCGCAUGGUCCACCGAUCACUUUUCAAGGCGUUGAAGAGGUUGCUUCAAGAGGAGAAGCAGUUCCGUCUCAGGCCUCAAGAGACAGGCAACCUAGCUACCCCAGACCUGCGCAGCCGUCUACGAGUCCGAAUCAUUUGGCAGAAGACAUGAAUCGCAUGAAUGUGCACGAGGAGCCACCCCCGGCUUAUUCGCCACCCACAGCUGGCACUGUACAUUCACCGUAUCCCAAUGAGAAGGGCAGACGGCCUACAGAUCCGAAUUUGCGAGGACAUCCAGCUUUCGCCAACGAUCCUCCUCAAGCAUCGGCUUCACCACAGCCGGCAUCGUCGCAGCAAAACGGAGCUACAGCAGGGGUUGCGCCUAUCAAUGUAGCUCGAGCAAAUCAGUCCGUGUCUCCUCAGCCAGGACCUGCAGGACCAGCAAGUCCGCCUCCGCUGCCAGAAGGAUGGAUUGCACAUCUGGAUAACAACUCUGGCCAUUACUACUACAUUCAUCUGCCUACACAAUCGACGCAAUGGGAGUUUCCGAAGGGCCCCACUCCGCUGAACCUGCAAGAACCCAUGAGUCCGGGAGCGGGCAUCGCAAGUCCAGUCGGCUCAGUCUUCAAGCAGCCACUUGCUUCUCCUGGCUUUCCCGUGCAGCAGAUGGCCACUUACGAUCGCAAUAGUGUGUUCUCGAUGAAUCCCUUGGCGAGUCCGACUGCGUCUGGUUUCACUGGUCCGCCUCCAAGUGCUGGAGUGGACAUGUACAAGAUUGCUCCUUCGAAUGCGGUAUACUUUGGACCAUACCUGCGAUAUACGAACAUGGACCUUGAGCGCGGACUGUGGCUGGGCAGUAUAAUGUUGAUCACAGAUGCCGGCAACCAGCCUCCGACUAUACACCUGCAUCAGUCACAGGAUCUCAGCCCCAAUCCAAGACAGCUGAAAGCUCAUCCCAUUCAUUCCCAUCAACGAUGGAUAUUCUACCGGUACGAUAUUGACCUGAGGAUGGAAGAAACUGGCGCAUCGAAAUGGACGUAUGCCAUCACCUCCCAUCUAGGUUGCACAAGAUACGAGUUCCUAGUAGCCGGCAGAAGUGAGACCAGUUGGCGAUUCGUGGCGCAUUCGGGCAACGACUUCGCUAUCAACGUAUCGGCCAAUGAUAGAUCGAAGCUUGGCGGUGCAGCUCCGAUGUGGAAAGACGUACUCGUCAAGCAUCAGGAGUGCGGCGGCUUCCAUACUCAGAUCGGCCUUGGCGGGCAGAUUUACGCCGAUCGUCUCUGGAAAGACAUUCCCGCGCUACGACAGUGGACGCAGAUAUCUGGAAAAGAGAACCGAAAGACUGCUCAGUGGACCGCGAAGAUGGAAGAAGAUGUGACGCAUGCGUACUUCCAUUACUACACCUCGCAUUUCGAUCAACCCGCCGUCAAGGAGGCCUUUGCACAGAUACCUCAAGUGUGCUGUCUGGACGAUCACGACAUCUUCGAUGGCUACGGAUCUUACCCAGAGUACAUGCAAGAAAGCCAUGUUUUCAAGAAUCUCGGCCGAAUAGGCAUUGAGAUGUACCUCCUCUUCCAACACCACACGACACACGAGAUCUUGCGAAACGUAUCCAACGACAUUGACCUCUUCACGAUCACUGGCAAAGGAUGGCAUUUCUUGAAGUACCUCGGGCCUGGUGUGGUCAUUGUCGGUCCUGAUACUAGAAGUGAACGGAAUGAGAAGCAAGUCAUGGCUGGUCCGACAUAUCAGGGCAUCUUCCCGAAGGUCGCUACACUACCUCCGAGCGUGCAGCAUUGUAUUUGGCUGAUGCCUGUGCCAAUCAUAUAUCCCAGGCUUGAAGGCAUUGAGCAGGUGGCAAGCACUGUAGCCACAGGCAAGAAGAUCGCGACUGGCAGCUUUAACAUGCUUGGCAAGGUUACGAGCGGAGUUGCCGGCAUUGUUGGAGCGAAGGGCGUCGUUAACCACGGCUUCGAUGCUGCAAAGAAGGCAGUUGGCAAAUCUGGUCUGAUGCAGGGUGUGCUGAGUCCAUUCGGCGAUAUCGAUAUGCUUGACGAGCUGAGAGAUUUGUGGACUCAUGAGUCGAAGGAUCUCGAGCGAACGUACAUCAUUCGCACGCUGCAAGGUAUUUCGCACAACAAGUCCUUGCGAAUGACUUUCCUCUCCGGCUCCGUCAACUCUUGCGGUGCAGGCCUUGUUCACGACCCUCAGCAUCCUUCCGACCACAAGACAAUGUAUCAGCUCAUCACCUCUUCAAUCGUCAACGCGCCCACGCCUUCUUAUAUCCUUCGCAUGCUUCACAACAACAAGCAACUCUACAUCCCCGCAAACGGCCAUCGCUCCCAAAUCGGCGUACAAUCCGACACCAAAGAAGACAUGAUGGAGAUUUUCGCGGCCGAUGUCGACGGCCGACCUCGCGAACACAGAAGACUUAUGGGGAGAAGAAACUACUUGGCAUGCGUAGCCUACGACCCAGAAGUCGUGCAAGGUGCUUUCCAUCCCCAAACUCCAGGCCAACAACCCCAAGGCGCCGGCCGUUUGAGUUUGGCUGCGGACUUCAUGGUGCAGAAUGACGGCGCUUUUGGACAGCCGAUGAAAUAUGGUCCUGUUAUUAUCCCUAGCUUGGACUAUGGGCGUUAGGGUUGCUCGUGUGUUUUGGAAAGCGGGUGGAGGUGGUAUCGGUUGGACAGAGUUGGUGAUGGAUAUGGAAUUGCGACAGUGCAUAGCGGUGAUUGAUUCAUUGAUUCGGCUGGCGAGCGAGCGAGCGGUGUGAAGCGUUUUCCUUCUUUGAGGAGAAGAUGAAGCAUGUAGAUGUGAGAAAGAGAGAGACAUAAGGAUAGGAGUACCUAGGGAUGCAUGGAUGAAUGAAUGAAUGGAAUGUGUGUGGAUUGUGGGGACUUUUUCGUCCUUUCCUACUAUGAUCUCGCUGUGCGGGAGCUUUGAGGAGAGCAAGAAAACUCUAGAAGAUCGACGAAGUAGCAACACCGAUAGGGAUGAAUGGAAUGGUAUGAGUGUAAAUUUG